CUUUUAGAACACAUUGAAAGACAGGUGUUUGACGAAAUGCCUCCCCUGAGGGAAUGAACACUGGCGCUUUCCAAUUGGCUCAUUCUCUGAAUCUUCUCACACCCGCCACCGCCACGUGGCUGCGCCACUCAGCCAAGUGGGACCCACAUGCUGCCUCCUUCCUUCUCCAGCUCCUCUUUCUAUAACAUCUCCCACGCGCCUUCUUUCCUUUCCUUUCUCCUCUCUCUAGCUGUCGCCGACGUCAAACGCUUCUUAUUUAUUGUUCCUAUUUAUUUCUUUUAUUUUUAUUUUUUAUUAUCGUAAUCGUCUUUUACUUCACUCGCAAAAGCAUUUCGCACCUUUGAUCGGAAUCGCUCACAAAACGAGUACCACCUCCUUCAAAUUCAAUCCUAUCUACAAUUCCUAGGGUUUCUCAAUCCUUUAUGUGUUUCUGUCGCAAUUGAUCAUCGCAACCGCAAUGUCCGGUCCCCUCGAUCGUUUUGCCAGGCCUUGCUUUGAGGGGUUCUCGGGCAGUGAUGAGAAGAGGGAGAGGAGAUCUGACUUUGAGAACUCCGAGGAUGAGAGGAGGACAAGAAUUGGAUCUCUCAAAAAGAAAGCGCUCAAUGCGUCCUCCAAAUUCAAACACUCUCUUAGAAAGAAGAGUGGCAGGAGAAAGAGCGAUGGCCGUGUUAGCUCCGUGUCGAUUGAGGACGUUCGUGAUUUCGAGGAGCUGCAAGCUGUGGACGCUUUUCGCCAAUCCUUGAUCAUGGACGAAUUGCUCCCUGAAGCGUUUGAUGAUUACCAUAUGAUGUUAAGAUUUCUGAAAGCGAGGAAGUUCGAUAUUGACAAGGCAAAACAUAUGUGGUGUGACAUGCUACAAUGGAGGAAGGAGUUUGGCGCGGACACGAUUAUGCAGGAUUUUGUGUUCGAAGAGUUGGAUGAAGUUGUGAAGUACUAUCCACAUGGCCAUCAUGGCAUCGAUAAGGAGGGAAGGCCUGUUUAUAUUGAAAGACUUGGAAAAGUUGAUCCAAACAAACUUAUGCAAGUUACAACUAUCGAUAGAUACGUCAAGUACCAUGUUCAAGAGUUUGAGAAAGCUUUUGCAGUAAAGUUUCCUGCUUGCACUAUUGCCGCCAAGAGGCACAUUGAUUCUAGCACAACGAUCUUAGAUGUUCAAGGAGUCGGACUUAAGAACUUUACGAAGUCUGCUCGGGAACUCGUUACACGAUUGCAGAAAAUUGACGGUGACAAUUACCCUGAGACCCUUUGCCAGAUGUUUAUUAUAAAUGCUGGGCCUGGAUUUAGGCUGUUGUGGAGCACUGUCAAAUCUUUUCUCGAUCCCAAAACAACUUCUAAGAUUCACGUUCUUGGAAACAAGUACCAAAGCAAAUUGCUAGAAGUAAUAGAUGCCAGUGAGUUGCCGGAAUUUCUGGGAGGUACCUGCACCUGUGCAGAUCAGGGAGGUUGCCUUAGAUCUGAUAAAGGGCCCUGGAAAAAUCCUGAAAUAUUCAAGAUGGUUCUCAAUGGUGGAGCAUGGCGGUCAAAACAAGUUGUAAAAGUUCUUAACAAUGAAAGAAAGGUUAUUGUGUAUGCUAAGCCGGGAUACCCAACGGUCAAAGGCAGUGAUACAUCCACUGCUGAAUCAGGGUCAGAGGCCGAAGAUAUAUCCUCUCCAAAAGCAAUGAGGAGUUAUUCACACCUUAAGCUGACCCCUGUUCAUGAGGAAGCUAAAAUAGUAGGAAAAACAAGCUAUGCCAGUAACUUGUCUGGAUACGAUGAAUAUGUUCCAAUGGUAGACAUACCUGUUGAUGCUGGUUGGAACAAGAAAACCACCCUACAAAGGUCUUACACCUCAAAAGGAACAUCUUCUCUUCCUGUCAAUCAGAAAACUCCAGAAGGACUUCAAGCUCGUAUUUGGGUAGCACUGUCUGUCUUCUUCUUGACCGUAUUAACUCUUUUACGUCAAGUUUCAUACCCUGUGACCAAGAAAAUUUCUGCAUUAUCAUCUAAUGAUGAUAGGAGUACUUCAGAACCACCUACUGAUACAACAAACAUGGAAGUUCGUCCUACGACCUCAAAUCCACCUUCUACAGAAGAAAAUAUCCUUCCCUCCAUGCUGAAAAGGUUGGGCGAGCUUGAAGAGAAGGUUGAUACACUCCAAUCUAAACCAUCUGAGAUGCCUUACGAGAAAGAAGAGUUGUUGAAUGCUGCUGUAUGCCGGGUGGAUGCCUUGGAAGCUGAGUUAAUUGCUACUAAAAAGGCUCUUCAUGACGCAUUAAUGAGGCAAGAAGAGCUGCUUGCUUACAUCGACAGACAAGAAGAAGCCAGGUUUCGGAAAAAGAAGUUUUGCUGGUGAGAUUUGUUACUGAGAAAGAGAUUCUGCACAGGAUGUCACGGUUGUUCUUAAGGAAUGUUAACCUUGCACAAGAUGUAACCCUGACUGCUGAUUUUCAGUAUAAUGAGAAUUGUUUCUUUCAACGUGUGUAUAUCAACAAUACUGCCUUUGCUGGCUUGUGAAACACGAGCCUUUUUUUUUUUUGUGUGUGUGUGUGGUUACAGUCUUUUAUCUGUGUUUGCCUUUGUUAGUUGAAAAGUUCUGUUCUUUUUUUCAA